GAGAGAUUCAGAGGAGGAUGAUGACAGUGACAGUGACAGUUCAUCCAGUAGACGUCAGAAUGGCUCAUACUUGACUUUCUUCAACAACAUACUUUCAGAAAGCCCACUAGAGGGCCAGACAGGGCUGGCAUGGACGGGGUUGCCAGGUUGGGCAGAUUCAGGCCUAAUUGUGAGGUUCUAAAUUUCAUUUCCUCGGGGGACUAUUUUUGCUGAUGCACCUGUGUUUUUUACGUGAGAGGAGAAGAAGAAGACGAAGAGGACGUAAGUGAAAAGGAAGAAAUAAGAAGAGCGAGGAAUAAGAAGAACAACGAACGAGAAAAUAAGUAAAAAGGUCUGCUGGGGAACUGGGGCUGUCUGCGGAGCGUCAACAUGCUGAACGUGCCGAGCCCGUCGUUCCCGGGCCCGGGCUCCCAGCAGAGGGUCGCCCCGGCCGGACAGUCCGGCAGGAACAAGGUGGCGUUGAAGCCGGGCCACAGUCUCAUGGACUGGAUCCGGUUUGCCAAAAGCGGGAAGGACCUGACGGGGCUGAGAGGACGGCUGAUUGAAGUGACCCAGGAAGAGCUGCAGAAACACAACACCAGACAAGACUGCUGGACCUGCAUACGAGGAAUGGUUUACAACGUGACUCCCUACAUGGACUAUCACCCGGGUGGAGAAGAGGAGCUGAUGAAGGCGGCAGGAAUAGACGGUACCGACCUCUUUGACCAGGUCCACCGGUGGGUGAACUACGAGUCCAUGCUGAAGGAGUGUCUGGUGGGCAGGAUGGCUACGAAGGCCGCGGCGGCUGCUAAAGCCUCCACCUUCCUCCCUCCUCCACCCCCCACGGCCCUCGCUCCACCAAACAAAGACUCUCGGCCUCGGUUUGACUGGUUCCAGACUGACGCCACUGUCCAUCUGGUCAUUUAUGCCAAACGAAAGAUCCCCAGCUCCGGCUGCUCCAGCGUGGACCUGCAGGCCGGGGUUCUCCGGGUGGAGGUCCUGCUGGGGAACAUGUCCUACAUGCUACACUUGCGUCUUGCAGAUGAAGUUGUGGGGAACGUCUCUGUCCACACUGCGUUCUCCGUGGGGAAGAUCCAGCUCACCGUGCACAAGCUCUCUGCAGGGAAGUGGAGCAGCCUGGGUCAGCCGCUGGACUCACACAACACCUUUCUAUGCAAAAAAGACAGAGCGUUGUUCUACCGGGACUGCAUACUGGUGUCCAGGUCGGAGGUGAACCACAACACACACGUGUUCAGAAUCCAGCUGCCACGCGGGAGCGUCAUGCACGUGCCUGUUGGGAAGCACGUCUACCUCCAAGCCCUCAUUCAAGACACUGAGGUGGCGAGGCCGUACACGCCCGUGGACCAGCAGCUGGUACCAGCCUCCCCCUCCUCCUCCCCAGACUCAGACCUCUACCUCAUGAUCAAGCUGUACCCUGAUGGAGUGUUCACCCGCUACCUCAGCAGCCUGCACCCCGGCGACCACGUCUCCGUCAGCUCCCCGGAGGGAUCCUUCAGUCUCCGCCCCCUCCGUGAUGUCACUCACCUGUACCUGGUGGCAGCCGGAACAGGCUUCACCCCCAUGGCCCGGCUGCUCCGCCUGGCCCUGGAGGAGCUGGGGAGCAUCAGACAAACGAAGCUGCUCUUCUUCAAUCGAGGGGAAGAAGAUAUACUGUGGCGCCAGCAGCUGGACCAGCUGGCAGCUGAUAAUGAACGGUUCCAGGUGGACUACGUCCUCUCGUCCCCGUCUGCCAGCUGGCCCGGCAGCAAAGGUCGGGUGGACGAGGCCCAGCUGGAGCAGUUCCUGGUCCGGCCGGACGGCUCCAAGUGCUACGUGUGUGUGUGCGGGCCCACCCCCUUCACAGAGCUGACCACGCGGUUGUUGCAGCAGCUGGGCGUGGCUGACCAGGAGCUCCACGCCUUCCAGGGUUGACCCACGGCCUCGGAGCUGAUCCUGCUGCUGGAGGAGCAGCAUCUGUUUUAGAGAACAAACUCUGACUAGUGACUGGUAAAACCUGGACGACCCCGGCGGCCCGGUGGCCCGGUGGCCCGGCAGCAGUGCAACAACAGCCCAGGAUGUGAUGGGCUCCGAGGGAAGUGGUGGUCACUUCUGUUAGCUUUAUGGAAAUGGAUUGUAAAAAUGGGUCCAAUAAAAUCCAUAGACAUCCACGUACCAGAAUGAUUGAACCGGUUUGUAGUUUGCUUGUAAAUAUAAACAGUAUCUCUAAAGUUUGUAUUGUACACAAAACUUUUUUAUUCUCCAUGUGUGAAAGUAAAGUGGAGAUUAACUUUUCCAGGUGGAAGUCGGUCAGAAUAAAAACCCUUUUUAAAAAAUGUUCAGUUACUUUGUCC